CAAUUAUAAAAAAUGUUCGCCCGUACUGCCAUCCGUUUCGCUGCUAGACCCGCUGUUGCCUCUAUCAAGGCCCGCACUUUUGCCACCUCUGCCCGUGCCACUGCUUCUCCUCGUGUUGCCAUGAUGGCCACUGCUGGUGUUGUCUCUGCCACUGCCAUGUCUUAUGCCUACAUGCAAACUCCCGUUGCUGCUGAUGCCAAGCCUAUUGCCGGUGUCAAGGGUACCAACUCUGAACGUACUUUCAUUGCUAUUAAGCCCGAUGGUACUCAACGUGGUUUGGUCGGUAAGGUUAUCACUCGUUUCGAAGAACGUGGUUAUAAGCUCGUUGGUUUAAAGGCCAUUGCUCCCUCUAAGGAGAUGGCUGAGAAGCAUUAUGAUGACUUAAAGGCCCGUCCUUUCUUCGGUGGUCUCGUCAAGUACAUCUCCAGCGGUACUCCCGUCAUUGCCAUGGUUUGGGAAGGUAAGGAUGUCAUCAAGCAAGGUCGUGCCAUGAUUGGUGCCACCAACCCUCUUGAUGCCUCUCCCGGUAGCAUCCGUGGUCAAUACUGUAUCUCUGUUGGCCGUAACAUUAUUCACGGUUCCGAUUGUUUCGAAGCUGCUGAAAAGGAAAUUGGUUUGUGGUUCGGUAAGGCUGGUGAGCUCAUUGAGUGGACUCCUGCCAACGUUGAAUGGGUUCAAUCCGACAACUAAAUUAUAUCUUUCAAUUUAUAAAUAAUAAAUGC